AAACAAACAAGACUGCAUUAAAUAAAUGCUUAAUUCCAUCAUCAAUUUCUCCUCCUAAUUAGAACAACCCACCAGACCCCAAAUUUUUGCCUAUUCACCCAGGCUGAAAGGGGAAACUCUCACUCUUGAAAAAUACAGCAAACAGCUUAAGGCCCUGUGGUUUGAAGUCAACAAGCAGAAGGUGGUGAUGGAGGAGCUGUCUGCUGGUCUCUGCUGACAGUGAAGGGAGCUGACUGAGGUGGGCAAGACAUUUCUCUGCCUACACUUGGCAGGUGCUGGGUGUCAGAUACUCCACAGGGACUGGCAGGGACAUUCUUCACGUCUGGAUAACAGAUUAUUACUUGGAAAACUUUCCCAAGAAGAUCCAAUCUGGAGAAUUGCAGUUAGUGACUGUGAAGUGGAUCCGGCCCAGCCUGGCUCCUGUAAACACUCAGUUCAGGCCCCAGGGAGGAAAGAAGGUGUGUGUGAGAGAGGGAGAGACCGGCAUCCUGUAGCAGAGGUUUCAUGAUGGCCAAGUUGAGCACAGUAUUCCUUCCCCCAACAUUGUUUGGCCUAGGUUAUGAAGUAGAAUAUAACGAGACUGGAUGCCCACUGGCUGAUGCACCACCAGGCACCAUCUACGGCAUCACUGGGCUCAUCUGCCUGUUCCGGCUGGUGGGGAACGGGAUCGUGCUCUGGUUCCUCGGCUUCCACAUUAAGAGGAACCCCUUCACCAUCUACAUCCUCAACCUGGCUGUUGGGACCUCCAACACCUGCUUCCUCCUCUGCUCGAGUACUUAUCUCAUAACUUAUGUGGUGGAAUAUCCAUUUUGUGUGAAUGUUGUUUUUAUUUUCAUAAUGUUGCUAUUUAGCAUGCUGGCUCUGACGUACAGCACCAGCCUGUACCUCCUGAAGGCCAUCAGCACUGAGAGGUGUCUCUCUGUCUUCUACCCCAUCUGGCACCGAUGCCACCUGCCAAAACACUUGUCUGCCCUUGUGUCUGCCCUGCUCUGGGCUCUCUCCAUGCUGGUGUCCUGUCCAGUGGGUGUUUUUUGUAUUGUUCUUUUAGAUGAAAACUGUCAAAUCCUUCCUCCCGUCUUUGUUCUGAAUGUCCUGAUAUUCACUCCCGUCAUGGUUCUGUCCAGUUUGACCCUGUUCAUCAAGGUCCAACAUAGCUCACAGCAACGUCAGCCAGGAAAGCUCUAUGCUGUUAUCCUGCUCACCGUCUUCUUCUUCCUCCUCUUCACUGUCCCUCAGAGUGUUCAGAUCUUUCUCUCUUAUCAUAACAUAUACAAUCUCAGCGAGAUAUUUCACAUGCUGGCCUCUGCAAGCAGCAGCACCAACCCAUUUAUUUACUUUCUAGUCAGGAGCUAUGGGAAGUGGCAAUUCUAUGGCUCUAUCAAGGUCUCACUCCAGAGGGUUUUUGAAGAGAGAGAUUCCAGAGAAGAUGGAGAGGCCACCAGUGCAGAGCCAGUGGAGAUGGUCACUUAAAUCCAUACAGUACCCAGCCUGGGAGACCCUGUUCUGAGGAAGGAAGUUUCCCUAGAUCCCAGAAUCAAAGAACUCAGAAUGGGAAAGGACUUGGUAGGUCACUUGCUAAUUCUUCCCCAUGCCCACCCACAGCAGAGUCCUUCCCUAGAGGAGACCCCCUAGGCUUCUGUGCAGUUGUAAAGAACAACAAUAGGUAACAUGGAGCCCAACCUGCUCCCAGUGGAAUCAAUUUAGAAAGUCCUAUUGACUUGAAUGGGAUCAGGGUCCAUUAUGGUCAGAUUUGCUUUGUUCUAAAAAUGCCUGACACGUAAUUUCAGUUUUGGUGGCAAGUUUCCCGUGGUGUCACCUGGUGAGUGUUAUCUCUUCUGUAAAGAAUUAGUGUUGGGGACAUCUCACAGCCUCCCCACUUUCCCUGUAAAUAUGCUGAGUAAAAAUUCAAUGGCCUGGAGAAAUUGUGGUGGGGAAUAAUAGUAAUAGGACUGUCCCCAUGUAACUCAUUCCCCAGCCAGCUCCCUGCGCAGACACACUCCCAUGGAAGGCAGGGGAUCGUUCCAUGCAGCUCUGAUCUCCCGCUGAUCCCAGCUGAUAUUUGAAUCGUUCACCUUUAUUCCAAUGGAAAUAAUACAAAUUAACUAUCUACUAAUCAAAUUCAAACUCCUCUACUAAUAUUGCCAGGCACCAGGGUUCCAAAAUGACCAGGCUAACUGCCAGGUAUUACUCUCUAACUCCUCUUCUACUAUAUUCACCCUGGCCUUGGUGAUUUGGGGAAUGUGAGACAAUCUGGGGAAUUGAGUUACAGGUUAUGAAUUUGUUGUGAGAUGAACUCUCUGCAUGUAUCCAUAUCUGGCUGCAAACAUCAUUUUGAUUCUACAGCUGUUUUAUUGCCUUACUGCUGCCUCUAUACCUCCAUCUUGGACUAAAUUCCAAGGGCUGGUGCACCGCCCAGGGAUACUACUGAAGUUGUCUAACUUUGAUGGUCGUCCAUUCAAAUGGAAUCCCCCUGGAAACAGAGAUGGCUGCUGCCCAGGGCACACCCAUGUUUCAAGUGUGACUUCCAUGGGGAGGUCACUAAGCAAUAGAUCACCUGGUGAGGGACUCUGAGCACCAGGGUUUCACCUGGCAAAAGAGAUGGGAGGUUGUAAAAGAGAGGGUUUGUCAGUGGCCAUUUUAGAGAUGGGGGCACUGACUGCAGGAGAGAGAGAGAGACAGAGAGAUUGAUUGCCUGGUUCAGAAGAUGAGCUAUGUGCAGGAUUGGGGACCCAGGACCCCCUAAGGGACUCUGAUCUUCACCCAAAGCAUACACCAGCAUGGUAAGGAAAGCGAGGCAGGGAAAUGUGCCUAUAUUUCUUAUUGCUUUGUCUAGCUAUGAAUAUUUCUUGCACUAGCUACUGUAAAGAGUGAUUGCUUUGAAACCCUUUUGCAAAGCCCAUGUGUCUGUUUGUUUCACUAUCAUGACCCCCUUGAGGUGAACUGUAAACCCAGAGUGCUCACAAGUUUAGCAGUCUGGGAAAGGGUGUGUCUAAGCUACUGGGGAGUCUAGGGCGGGGUCAGCUCUGCUGCUGGGGGCGAGGACUGCUGGGCCGUCUGGUCCCAUUUCUGUGAACGGCUAACAGAAAGCAAGCCUGGGCCCAGGAAACGUGCCAGACAGGCCAAGGGGAGGGAAAUGCUGCAGUCUGCUCAGACUGAGGGACGCUUGAGAGCACAAGGGGCCCGGGGGGUGGGACCCAAACCCAGCAGCCGGCUGAGCGUCCAGCCAGGGGAGCUUUGCCAGGGCUGGGCGGGGCAACGUGAAUAAACUCUGUGUCACAGUCACUUUGCUCGGCCUGUGGCUGCUCCUUGUCUCUUGCCUGAAUGGGAGCCUUUUGCAAAGGCCCCAAUGUCCAGAAGGACCAGACCAAACAGGUUUUUAUUCCUGGGGGUGCUCGUGGCAUUUCCAGAAAGGUUCUUCUCUUCCUCCCAAAAGAACUGAAAACAAAAAUUUCAGCAGCGUCAAAACGUUUGGACAUUUUCCAAUGAAAGAGUUUUGACAUUUCAUUUUGAAGCGACAUUUCCUAAGCGAAACAUUGAUUGGAAAUGAAAGGCCAUUUCAAAAUGACAUGCGAAAAGCUGCCUUUGAUGUGACUGGAUUGGCUUUUUGAUGCAUCACUUCAGCAAGAGAUUCAAAAAAAUCUUCAGUUUGGGUUAGAAAAAAACUGAUUUUCUUUUCCCUGGUUUCUCGGUUUGACCACACAGAGCGGCUACAUGGAUGCUCUUACAGCAGCGUAGCUGCGUUGGCACAGCUGUGCCCCUGUAAGCUCUCCACUCGAGACAUAGCCUAAGGAUGUAGAGAAAUUGUAUGAGGUCCAACCACACUGUCUGAGGAUCAGCAGGCACUUCUGCUAUUACAGGCUAUGUCAGAAUCAUAGAAUAUCAGGGUUGGAAGGGACCUCAGGAGGUCAUCUAGUCCAACCCCCUGCUCAAAACAGGACCA